AUGGCUGCUCGAACAACUCAGCCUCGGGCAAAACUUUCCCUACUGUUUCUCGCGACCGCCCUAGCAGCAACCACCCUCGCCUUAGCCGCCACAGCCGCAGCUGCCGGCGACAAUCUCGCGUUCUGCAAGCAGUACCCCGCGCGCAACCCGAGCAAGUGCCCCGCCGUGCAGCCAAUCAGCAGCCUGAACGUGGCGCGGCUGAAGGGGCGGUGGUACGAGGUGGCGGCGUCAUCGGCGCACAAGUACACGGCGGAGCUCGGCGCGGCGUGCACGUCCUUCGAGUUCGAAGCCGCGCCCAAGCAGAACGGCCUCAACGCUAUGCGCGUCACGCGACGACUGGUCGAGGCGGUGGGACCCGUCCGCGCAACGCAGGUCGGCACCAUCGCCUCAGCCUCACUCCGCUCGGCGCGCAACCUGCGCGGAGUUUGCUCCGCCAUCGCCGGCCAGAAACUCCCCACGGAGCUCUCGUACGCGUCGCUCGUCGACCAGGCGAAACUUGGUCUGCCGGCCGCCGGCUUGGACGGCAAAACUGCCGGCCUAACGUCCACCAGUCUCUCCGGCAUCUCCGCGGCGCUAGGCCAGAUCUCCGCGCAAGCCGGCGCGAUUCACGUGAGGCUCGCGCGCAUUCAGACGGAUCUCGCGCCGGUGAAUCAGGUCGACCGGGUGCCGAGCCUCAGCACGCUGCGGAGCAGGAUCGGGAAUACAACGGAGGCGAUCCGACGGUCGGUGCACGCGAUCCAACGGUCGAGAGGGAGGAUCUUGAAGCAGGCUGAGCAGAUGCGCUUGGGCGUUAUGAACGUUCAGGCGUCUUCUGCGUCCAAGAAGAACCGACUCCAGCUGCUAAACGCCACGCUCGCCCUGCAGCGGCAGGCGUCCGCUGUGGGCACGCUAGCAGUCUCCGCAGCCAAGAUCGGCCUCCUCUCCUCCCUCGCCACUCCCGCCGCCGCCACGCUCUUCGAGUCACCCGUCAACCUCACCCAGGCAGUGAGCGUGCGCGGCACGCUGGUGCAGGGGAAGCAGGGCGACGGCAGCGUCGCGAUGAAGUUUGGAGGGGAUGCUGCUGUGAGAUACGCCGUGGUGCAUGCCACGCCGGGAUUUGACCUGAUUGUGCUGUACGGGUGCUCUGCGGCCAACCGAGCCAAGCUCGCUGCCACGGAAGGACAGGCCAAGGUGCUGGUGCUGGCAAGGCAGCGGACAGUGUCUGCAAAUGAGCUCUCAAGCGUGGAGGCUGCACUGCAGGUCAAGGGUGUUGUGCUGGGAGGUGCUAACGUGCUGGUUACCACCGACCAGUCCUGCCCGUAA